GGAGCCCAUGCUGCCUAUAUGACCCUUCCCGUCCCAGGGCUCCAGAGCGAAGUGGUAAGUUGAGUGCAGUUUUCGACUCAGCUCUAGAACCAGCACUUCAGCCAUGAAGGUGGCAAGCAUCUUUCUCCUCACUGCAUUGGUCCUGAUGAGUUUAUCUGGUAACAGUGGAGCUAACAUCCUGGGAAGAGAGGCCAAGUGUACAAAUGGAGUGAACGGAUGUCCCAGGAUCUAUAACCCUGUCUGUGGGACAGAUGGAGUUACUUAUUCUAAUGAAUGCUUGUUAUGUGUGGAAAAUAAGGAACGUCAGACUCCUGUCCUCAUUCAAAAAUCUGGGCCUUGCUGAGAACCAAAGUUCUGAAAUCCCAUAAGUACACUACAAUGCGUGGCUGGCCUGAUUGCUGAAUAAAGUGCAUCUAAGUA